AUGAGCCGGGAUGAUUACACUCCACGGGGCCUAUCCGACCUGGAGUCCCAUCUUGAUAUUGCCGGCCAACGUCAGCGACCUCACUUUGAUGUUGGCACUGGGUCGGAGCCAAUUGCACCAUCACCAAACCAGCAAGGCCGACAUGUCACUCUCAAUGCCGCUCUCGAGGUUGAUAUGCUGCGGCACAAACUCCGCACCCUCGAGAAUCUUGUCGAACGUUACGGCAUUGCGUCACAUGUUCCCUCUCUUUCUGAAGCUGAAGAAGCCCGAGCUCUUCAGUAUCGUUGCGAAUGCCUCGAGUUCGCGUUUAGGCAACAGAAAGAGAGUCAAGCUAACGAAAUAGACAUGGACGUUGUCCGCACUCUGAAACGUUCACCUACAUUCCCGCCACCACAGGGAUAUUCAUCAUGGCUCGAUCAUCAUCUCACGCAUCAUGACCGAGCAACUCACUCUUUACCCUUACCAGAUUCUACGUCAUUGUCUAGCCCUACGAGGGCCUCUUUCAAGUGUGUGUAUGAACAAUGCGCUCACUAUAUUUAUGGAUUCUCGACCCAGUUGGAACGAGACAACCACAUUCGGUUACACUCGACAAAAAGUUCGAGUGAUUCAGAACUAUUUAUUCAAGCCGAUGGCUCCUCAAACACUUCCGACCUCCCAGGGAAAGGCGCCGGCCCUGUACCCCGGGAUCGAUUACCACCUAUUCACCCGCCGGCCACGCUUGUAACGGCUGGCCUACCCCCUCUCCCCUUUCCGACACCAUCAACCGCCUCUACAGCGACAACAAGAAGGGGCCACGGCUCAAGCUUUUCUUUUUCGGAGCCCAAACCUGUCCUGCCGAGAGGCAACGAGGAAACGACAGCCGACCCCCAGUUGCCUCCCUUAAAAAGAGCUCGUGUGGGACAUGAUCGCCUAAAGUCUAUAGGCGAGCUCAAGCUCAUCCGUAAUAACGAUCCCUGUCUCCGGUGUCGAGCCUCGAAUAGACCAACGAAACCAGGUGCUUACCAUCCUAGUGUGACGCAAAUAACCCGUGUUCCCGCUGCUCGGGAAUGUCUUCGUCAGAGUCGGAGAUACAUUGGAGUAUCCUUGGAUGCUAUCGUGGAUCUGUCACUUCCCUUGUCGAUGUUCUGCUCCAAGAACCCUACUAUUUCAGCUGCUACAAGGCCUGCUUGGAGAGUUGAUUUCCAAGAUACGUUCUGGUGGCAAGAUGGGGAGCCUGUUUUUGGUGAAGGUGUGAACCAACCACUAGUACCGGGUUACCAUGAUCAAGGAGCUCCGCCACCUGUUCUCCAGCUCAUUGCUUCUAGUCCGAGUUUUCGAGGCGUUUCCUUCGAUCUUCUCGAGUUAUUGAGUCUCAGCGGUCAACUUUCCAUGUCGCGAGAAGAAGAACAAACGGUACAUCCCUCUCUUUUCCGUGCAAAACAACUAUUACGAGAGAUCAUCUACUAUGAUGCAUCUCAACCGAAACCUCUUCUACGAAUCGAGACCAGCUUUCCUCCCCGGACCCCUAUCGAUAGUCGGCCUUCGUCUGAACGAAAUGUGCUCUUAAGGGAAUGCACACGACGGUACCUAGUCUCCUUGGAUUUCGCAGCCUCAAACUUGCCAAGUAUGGGCGUCAGACAAUGGCUAGGAGUUUUUGUCUCUCUUUGCAUCUUUAGUGCUGUGGACACUAUUUUGAUUGACCUUGCUUGGUCCUUCCAGGCAAAUGAUCCGUCGCACGCAGGUACAACACCGACAGAAAGGCCGGACCAGGUCAUCCGAAGCGUGUACCAGGCGCUAGUGUCUUUAUUCAAUACUUCGAACGAUCCAUUGGCAAACAGCUCGGAAUCCGAUGACCCUAUUGUCCGCAACAUCGCUCGAAUCGUCAGGCGCGAAUACUGGCCUCCUAGGCACCUUUUCUCAAGCAUCGACUUUCUCAUGAACCUUGGUGCAGGUGAAACACCCAAUUAUGGAUUCAACGGGUUCGUUAUGCCUGGUAGACAUUCUCUGGGGUUCAGAAGCUCAAGAGCCUUGUCUUCAGCACAAGCAGAAAAUAUGCCCAGACCACCCUUUUCGAAACCUCCACUGUCGACGGGCUUGGUAGGCUCAUCUUCGCAGUAUAUACCCCCUGGAAUACGGUCAGACUUUUCACUACCAGGUCAAUUCGCGCUGCCAGGCGAUAUAGCGGGACGCGCUCGCAGACACACAAUAAGUGAUGACAUGUCGCCCCAUCCAGAAUCUAGACGACCUUCAGGGGGCGAGCCAAUUUCGCCGUCGCGAUUGAAGCCAUCCUCUCGCCGAACAUCACUACGACGUGUAUAUUGCGACAAGUGCAACGAGCACCCGGACGGGUUUCGGGGCGAUCAUGAGCUGCGGCGCCAUAUAGAUGCCAAACAUUCAGCCACUGUGAAACGAUGGGUUUGUAAAGAGCCCAAAACCCUUCUGUCUUCCUCGCCGCAGCCCGUCAUACCGUUGUCGAGGUGCAAAGCAUGUCUGGCACAGAAGCGUUAUGGUGCAUAUUACAACGCUGCCGCACAUCUUCGUCGAGCGCAUUUCCGGCCGCAUCGGGUAGGCAAGGCCAGUGGUGAUUGGCCAUCCAUGAGUGUUUUGAAAGAUUGGAUGCGGGAAGUACGACAAUCAAUCGAUGUGCCAGACGAGCACAUUUCCAGUGGCGAAGACGACAUGGACGAGUUUCCCACACCAGCCAGCUACAGAGACUCGAUGUCUCAUCAAGCUCCCAUGAUUCCUGACGCCCAACCGCCGACCGCAGCACUGGGGCCACUUCUUUCCUCAGGUUCUACUGAACAGUCAAUGCCGAUUGAACGAGCCAGUCCAUCUCGACGACCUGCCGAAAACCGAACGAGGUGUCCCCAUCCGGAUUGUGGUCGAGAAUUCCGUGACUUGGCCUCGCACAUGCUCACACACCAAGAAGAGAGGCCCGAAAAGUGCCCGAUUGUGACGUGCGAAUACCAUACAAAAGGAUUUGCACGCAAGUACGACAAGAACCGCCACGCCCUUACUCAUUACCGUGGGUCGAUGGUGUGCCCAUUCUGCCCUGGAGUCGGAAGUCCUUUCGAGAAGGUGUUUACGCGUGCGGAUGUCUUUAAGCGACAUUUGACUGCUGCCCACCAGGUUGAUCAGACAGGUCAUAGUAGUGGCCACAGAUUGCCUGGGGGCGAGGACCCGGUAGGCACAAAAGCAAGGUGCUCCAUAUGCAAGAACGGGUUCAGUACUGCUCAGGACUUCUACGAGCAUCUUGACGACUGUGUACUGGGUGUCAUUGUACCUUCUGCAAGUACGUCAAGUCAACACUCCCGUCUGCAAGGGUCACCACAAUGA